AUGCGCGGUUUAUUGAUAACUCAACGAAACAGUGGUGUGGUUUUCAAAAUCAAGCCAGUAAAUAAACCCAGAGGCGAAAUUAUUUCAGUAUUUUCAUCGAAGUCUGAUCCAGGUAAUAAUAGAUUAUCUGUGAAACCAAGUCAAAUUUCUGCCUAUAAUUUUGCUGCUGGAGGUUACAAGCUGUAUCUCGCUUUGAAUUCUGGUUCUUUAUAUUGCAUAGACUUCGUGAAAAAUUGGUAUCGAUUGUUAACUUCACUGAAUUGCACUGUUACAAGCAUAUGUUCAUGUGAAUCAUUUGGAUAUGUACUAGUUUGUGUGAACGACAACAGUAUCAGAAUCUUAGAUCAAGAAUCUGGAAAAGAAAUUGGUGCUUUGCGUGGUCAUACAUGUAGAAUAUCUAACAUGUCAAUCCAACCGAGUUUUGGUCAAUAUCUCUUAUCUAUGGCCUUGAAUGAAGCAAUUUUAUGGGAUCUAGAGAACCUCAAGUGUCGUUGCAAAUUGCACAUAGGUCAGAAAGUAAAUAUUGUGUCUGUAAAUUUCAUUCCACCUCGGGUAAACAAAUUAUAUCUUGUUUCCAAGAUGGAUCCAUUUAUGGACUACUCAAAUCCAUCGUACAGAACAAUUACAUUUACCAGCAAAGGUCAUUAUUUGUUUGCAGCUGGUCUUUCACCAUUUAUAUAUUUGUGGAACUUAAGAGGAAAUUCAGAACAACUCUGUCGAGAAAAUUCACCUACAGAUGAUGGAAGUACAAGUGAUCGAUUUUUGCAGGAGCUGAUUAAACUUCCUGAACCAUUAAAAUCAGUUCGUCGAAUAGACUGGGUACCUAAAUCUUGUUUGGUUGAUUCUGAUGGAUUUUUUAAUGAGCCUAAUAUAGACAAUGAGCUAUCUGGUUUACUACUUUUACUCGGCAGUGACAAACGAUUACGAUUUCUCAUCAGAACACAUGAAAGACCUAGAAAGACCUUAAGCUGUCGGCAAAAUGUUGAGAAGGAUCUAUUUACAGGGUAUUCAGAUACUGUCUUUUGGAAAUGCCUAUUUACAUUUGGGUUGGGUUCAUUAGAAGAUCCUCUGGUAUCAUCAAUUAAUAUGCCAUCAUGUAACAUUUUGGAUCUCUCCAGCUGCCAGGGAAAUCAGCAGAGUGAAUCUCUUAACUGUCCUUCGCUAAUGGCUACUCUUGAUGAUCAUGGUAUUCUACAUGUAUAUGAUCUUUCCAUGACAUUGAAGGUUUUCAGUAAGUCAUCAAUACCGCUGAUUCCAGUGAGAGGGGAUCCUUCGAAGGAAAAUUCAACAGAUAGUCGAGUUCAAGCCGUGAAGAAGAAUUGGCAAAAAGGAAAUUCAGUCGUACAAAAGACUGCAAAUACUACUAAAGCAGUACGUACAGCGAAUCAUUCUAGUAUGCAAAUGGAAGACCUUACAAAUGGUUUAUUGGAUAGAAAACGCUUGCGUCUAUUACUUAAAGAAUUCGGGAAAUUCCCGACCAAAUAUCGAUUAUUUAUUUGGCGAUCCGUUUUACAGCUUCCCUGUAAUAUUCAAUCUUUCAACACACUCGUAAACAAAGCGAUUCAUCCAGCUCAUGAUUUGUUAUCAUUGCGAUAUCCCGUUCGUGGUCAGAGAUUGUUCAAAGCUUUACAAAAAGUCUGUUCAGCAUUGGCCUACUGGUGUCCGUUAUUUGGUGAGACUGAUUGGUUACCAUUAUUUGUUUUCCCUUUUGUGAAAUUGUUUCACAACAAUUUGUUGUAUGCAUUUGAAGUGGUAGCCACAAUACUGAUUAAUUGGUGUGGUACCUGGUUUGAGUUCUUUCCUAAUCCACCGAUCAAUAUUCUUUGUAUGAUUGAAAAUUUGAUUGCCUAUGCCGAUGAAGAGUUGUACCUCCAUUUUGUUCACUACAACGUCACCACUGAAAUCUAUGCUUGGCCACUUUUACAAACUGCAUUAAGCGAAGUGUUUACCCAAGAUGAGUGGUUAAGUCUUUGGGACAUGUUGAUAUGUGACUCACCAGGAUUGUUACUUGCCGUGGUUGCUGCCUUUUCGAUUAGCGCUCGAGGACCACUUCUGAUGGUUAAAAAUCAUGACACGUUUGAGGCAUACUACCACAGUCAAAGCACAUUAUCAGUGUCAGAUAUUGUUGAACGAGCUCAUCAGUUGCUUGCAUCACUCCCUUCAGAAAUACAUCCAGACAAGCUUUUAUCUUCACUCAUUCAACCGGAUAACAAUGAUAAAAAAGCAAAUAAAGUUUCUCUGACUUUCCAACCGCUAACAGCUCCGUAUUAUCCGAUAAUCACUCGUUAUCCCAAGUUCAUUGUAAAUUAUCACAUACAAGAACGGGAACGUAUUCGACAAGAAGAGAAAGAAUACCUUAGACAAAAGGCUACAGUGGAAGAUAUACAACGGCGAGCUGAGUUAAUGGCAAAUGAAGAACGCAACUGGUAUCGCCAGCAACAAUUACUUCUUGAUGCUGAAGAUCAACGGAGAACAUUACUAACACAGGAAGAGAAUAAACUUCGGGAACAGCGUAAAAAACUAAGUGCACUAAUUCGUGAAGUGAAAUUACAUGAAUUAAGUUUAGCAGAAGAAUCACGAUGCCACUUCAGACAACUUGACAUACGUCGUCGCCAAUGUGAAUUGAAUAAAUUAGAACAGGAAUUAACACGAUUGGCAAACUGUCGUGUCGACGAAAUGGAUGCAGCAGCAUACGCUGCAGAAUUAGCUGAUCUACGCGAAAGAUUGAACCAAAGACGUGCAGAAAAUCUAGCCAUCAUGAAUGAUCAAUUGCAAUCCCAGGUGGAUAAGAAUCCGUUAUCAAACCCUGGUCACCUUUCAUUGGAAUCCUCAAUGAAUGCCAUUAAUUCCGUUCCAUGUAAUAAUGAUUACGGUAGAAGUACGCUUGGUAAGACAGAACCAAAAGGAAGUAAAGAUGCUCAUAAUAAGGAAUUCCGACGGAUUUCCUCAGAGAUGUUCCCGUUCACAUCAACUAAACUUGGUUCCCACAACAUGAAGCAACCGGUGUGA